AAUACAAGUGAUAAGGAAUUGCAGGGUUUGGCGAUAGAAAUGAAGACACAUUUUGUGGAUUAUUAUCACAAUUAAAAAGUUGAGGACUGAGUGCAAUGGCAAUUGACUCCUAAUAUAUUAAUACAAUUGCCUUUUCCAUGAAGUUUGCGGUUCAAUGAGAGUCGUGUGCAUUGCAUUAGUUGUCUAUCAAUAGUGUAUAUAUUUGUGUGAAUUUCGUCGAUUAAAUUUCACUCAAAAUUUACUCAAACUCUCGUUUGAAUUGUUUUUAUGUGAAGAUUUUCUUAACGUUUUAUUGAGUGGUUCUUAAGCUAAACAUCAGAUAAUAUAUAAACCAUAACUCGCUAUAGAUAUGACUUCAAUCACAUCACUAAACGAGAAAACUCAACUAAUUAGUUCAUUCUCGCGACCAAACGAAGAGACAAAUAAUGUUUCAUACGAUAGCAUACUUUCAAACUCGACGGCAAUCGACUCCAUAGUGUAUUGCAGUCACGGAAACAACGAGAAGAUCUGUUGCAACAAAGAUGGCAAACCGGUGUCGGCGACAGUCAAUUGGUCUCACUGUCACUCAUUGGACAGCAGCGGCGAAGUGGUGGACAAGAGUGCUCGACGUAAACUGAUUAUCGCCAGCAUAUUGUGCCUCAUAUUUAUG